AUGAAACGUCGACAGACACGUCUGGCGUCUAUGGUCUAUGAUACCGCGGCCUGCAUAUUCCUGUUUCUGGGGGCGUACUCCUUCGGGCUUACACCAGUGAUGAAUAUACACGGGCCCGGGGUGCUGUUGUACAAUAUCCGGGGUACAGGAAUGACCAUGGUCUUCCCAUAUCUCUUCCAGAGCCUUGGCUUGAAGACGUACAUGGUCAAUGCGUCCUGUAACAUUCUCUUCUGGGUCUUUAUCUGGUUCUCAUGGGUUGAGACGAAGGGCAAGACCUUGGAGGACAUCAAUAAGUUGUCCGACGGAGAGAAGCACUCCGAUAUCACGGAUCUGGAUAUGGUAAAGGAUGAGCAGGACCUAGAGCUCAAUGUUGAGCAGGUGAUUCCAGAGAAGUGA